AGUGCCAACGACACUGUCAUUUGAAUUUUGUAAUAGUUUUAUUUUUUUGUAAAAUUUGUUUAGAAAAUAUGUUUGUGUUAUGAAAUCGUAGUGUUUUAGUGUCUUAUUAUACAAAGCUGUGUAUUGUAGUUGUAAAGGAGUAUUAUACUAUAUAAAAUAUGUACUAUCAAUUAAGUUACGCAUCAUUGUUAUUGCAAUGACGAGUCGAAGUCCUGAUAUAUUGUUUAAGGCAGAAUAUAUAAAAAAUGUUUUGUAUUUUGCAACAGUAAGGCAAGGCAAAACACUUAAGAAUACGGCUGAUACACAUUAUUUUUGUAUAGAUAACGAACUAGUCUACGAAAAUUAUUAUUCAGAUUUCGGACCCUUAAAUCUUGGUUGUGUUUAUAAAUAUUGUAGAAUAUUAAACGAGAAACUCAAACAGUAUCUAAAUAAGCAAACUAUAGUACAUUAUACUUCAAUAGACCCUAAAAAGAAGGCUAAUUCAGCAUUUCUGCUGGGAUGCUACGGCGUACUGUAUUUGAGUUUGACGCCAAAAGAUGCAUUGAAACCUCUCAUGGUUCUCGGACAAAGCUACAGACCUUUCCAAGAUGCCACACAAGGUGAUUCGACAUUUACGAUAUCACUCAUGGAUUGUCUCCAAGCUAUAAAGAAAGCCCGAGAAUUAGGUUUCUUUAACUUCCAAGAUUUCAAUUAUGAGGAAUAUGACAGACUCGACAAAAUUCAGGGUGGUGAUUUGAACUGGAUUGUACCUGGUAAAUUCCUGGCGUUUAUUGGCCCAGUUGACUAUAGCGUGUCUUUAUUCCAUCCUCCAGAAAUGUACAUAGAAUAUUUCUUAAACAAUAACGUGAAAAUCGUAAUCCGAUUAAAUAAGAGAUUGUACGACGGGAAUGUGUUCAAUAAUGUUGGAAUAAUACAUUACGACUUAUUUUUCCCUGAUGGGUCCUGUCCUCCACGACACAUUUUAUUCAAAUUCCUGCAAAUAAGUGAAGAAGCUAGUUGUGCACUCGCAGUGCAUUGCAAGGCAGGUCUAGGGCGCACUGGCUCGUUGAUUGGUUGUUACUUAAUAAAGCACUACCGCAUGACUUCUCACGAAGCUAUAGGCUGGAUGAGGAUAUGCAGGCCAGGAUCUGUCAUAGGGCAUCAGCAGGGUUGGCUGGAAAAGUUGGAGCCGUGGCUGAUUAAACAAGGCAAUCUUUAUAGGAAACGUACAUAUCAGGACACAGAGAAGAUGCCGCUGCAUGAAUUCGGCGUGUAUUCUAUUGCCGAAAAGAAUAUGAAACAGCGUCCAGUGGUGUUCCAUAAGUCACCCUCGCCACCGCCUCCACUGCAGAAACAAGUCCGGUCCGACGUAGCUACCCCAAUGAGACCACAGAACUCCAGAAUAAAAGAAGCUUUUAACAAGGCGACGGAGAAGGAAUGUGAUUGGCGCGUGAAAACACAUAGUAUGGACAGUAGUCAUCAAAAGAUGAUGUAUAGAGGAGACCCAUAUGACUCAAUCAAUAACAUAUCGCGUCGCAGUAGUGGUGCGGGCGAUCCUAAAGCUGGUCGCCCAAAUACAAGAUCCUCUACAAUACGGUCACCGACGCCAAGAGAAAGUCUCAAAUCUAGCGUUAGGGAGUCUGAAUCAAAAAGCAUUCGAACUUACACUCCUAUAACAACUUAUCGUACAAGUCAGGCUCCAGUAAUAAAGAACGUCAAUGAUGCUAGAAAUUAUCUGAUGAGGAGUAGUAUUUAUAGUAAUGAACGUGAAAAGCAGUUGAAUUCGACCGUUAUGGUGACUCCACAUUAUAUGAGCCGGCCACAAAAUAACUCUUUCAUGAAUGCAGGCUUAUGCAGCGGGGCGCAUAUUGCACCGUCAUCUUACAGUUCAGCACCUAAAAAUACAGGACAGCCCCAACCUCGUCGACGACUUGGACGAAGUCCCAGUCCACCAGUUCGUAUGUUAAACGAACAGUCACGGGCGACGAACACACCUUCACCCACAGAGAAGUUCUUAGUGAAAGAUGCGUCCAAAUCUGCUUUAAAAGAUGUUUUAUCUAGAUUAAAACUGUCGAUGUGUCGCGAUGGCUCGCUCGGCGCCGCGUCGCUGGGCGCCAACCGCGACGCGCCCGCCCCGCGCCGCGCGCCCUCCGUGCGCUCCGAUGAGAGACCGCUAGCCACGCAGGGAGAUAUGCUCAAUAGCAUCAAGUUUCAAAGAAGAUUGCGCGAAACUAUUAAUGCGGAGAAAAGCGGCGUGUUUCACGAGAAAGUCAGUUUGUCGCCCACGAAGCCUAACAUCAAGAACGUGGACUCUAGAACGUUCGCUAGAAGAAACGUGGCUCCUAGAACCUACCCUAAGGAUUUUAGCGGUAGUAGAGAAAAGCAAAACUCAAUAUCUAGAAGCUUCUACGGCCCCGCGCGGCCGAUGUCACCGUAGGCUCGACGGACUGCCUGAUGUAUCACGGUAACUGACUCAAAUUGUGUCGUGUAUGUGGGAUGUAAUAAAAAUACGUUUUCAUA